AUGCUCAAUAGAAAGAAAUCCAUGGAAGUGCCAAAGGCCGGUGAUAUUGACGAGUGUGCGUUCAACGGCUCAUGUGACCAGAACAUGCUCUGUAUGAACUCAGUGGGAUCGUAUUCUUGCAGUUGUCGCCAAGGAUAUCGCUCAAAAAAAACCCAACUGAGCUGUAUAGAUAUUGACGAAUGCGAGGAAGAAACUUAUUCCUGUCCGAAGUUUUCAAGGUGUAAAAACAAGAAUGGUGGUUAUGAUUGCCCGUGCAAAGAUGGAUUUGAAAAGACCGCGCAAGGAACAUGUUCAGAAAUUUGCACUCCGGAGUGUGAUGAGAACUCUUAUUGUGAAAACGGAAAGUGCCUGUGCAGAAGAGGAUUCUCUCUGGGGUUGGACUAUACGUGUCAACCAAGUGAAGGUGAGACAAGCACAGAUAGGAGAGUUGCUAUGAGGGGUCUGUUGCAAAAAUUAGCAGUAAAAAUAGUCGAAUGUUAUCGAAACAGUGAAUGCCAAAAUAGGAUGAAGUAUUAGAAAAUUAAUUAUGA